UUUUCUCUCAUUGCAUUGUUCGUCGCAUAUUGCACCAUGCCAUUAUUCCCUGAAGGAACGGGGCUAAAACCAGAGAUGAACCCCUCGAUUGAUUCAGCCGUGCCGACGACCACUGUGCCUCUCUCGCGAGAAACGCAGGUGAAGAAUCGGCGCAAACGAUAUUUAGACGCGCAUCCCGAGUAUUUCUCGGCUGAUCUCGAGCUUGCUGACCCGUUGCUGUACGAUCGCCUAAUCCGCCGUUUCCAGACGCCGGCUGAAAGAGAAGCCGAAGGACGCGCCAAAGGGUUCUCGGGGGUGCUUCAAGCCGACCUGUGUCGUUCGGAGGCCAAAUUCGAUGCCCUUUCACAUCCAGACCCCCAUGCCUUGUUCAGCUAUACUCGCGGACCCAACGGGGAGAUUCUCGCGGAAGAGCGGGACGAGAUUCCGCCGAGUAAAGAAGAGGGGGAGAAGCUGUGGCGAUGGGAGAUGACAUUGCGGUUUAUCCGCGGAGAAGACGAAGACUUUGAGUAUCCGAAUGUCGACGAUAAUGACGAGUAUGACGAUUGGAAUGAGGAGCAGGAGCGAUACUUCGAGGAUGAGGAACCGGAAUGGGUGGUGGACCAGGCCAAUGGAGAUGUCAAAUCUCAGCUGCAAGGAGAGACGGGCAUCCAGGAUUUCUGAAGUCACUGGAAGCAUGAAAUACUGCUUUCUACCUUGUAUUGCUUGGCUUUCGAGAAGUGGUUACAGCCCAUGUUUCCAAAUUACGCCCGUCUCGCUUUGGGUAUGUCGCUGCCGACGAGUUCUGAAAAUUGGACUCGACAGAGCAUGGUGGCAUGUGAUGGACACCCAGUAAUGAAUAAACAGCCUGCGCUGCAUCUCUCGAUGCUCGAUAAAGUCGUGGUGAACUGGCUUACAAUCUGCCGGGUACGUCCUCUCGUUGGCAGCGGCGCCUGUGCAGUUAAUGCCUGCAAGCCUAUAUGGUGUGUCAUUCACUCCCUCCAGAGAACGUUCCAUCUCCUAUGCAUCUUUUCCGAUCUCAUCUGGUCAUUGCCCGGUGACAUUGGACCACUGAGUCUCAAAUCUACCAUACCUUUGCUAUAUGGCCUUGCCUUUACGCUACGGUCCGAGAAAGUCCAGAGAUUUUGAUUACUGGGUCUUUCUUACGUGCAAAGGCAAUGGUGUUUGGGGCUCAUGGAUGGUGUAUAUCACUCUUCAAAGAUUAUGUGCUUGUGUAUAGUCUGAGAACUGUUAAGUCAUAGCUGUUGAUAGAAUAUAACUUAUUACAAAAUACUCAUAGGCCUCUCUGGUUUGAUACCAUGAACACU